CAACAUCAUGGAAGUCAGAAUUUCUGAAGUCGCGAUAUUUUGCUUCUUUUUCUCUCUUUUUCUCUGGCCUUGCGCACCAGAGGUUGUAGAUGAUGAUGUUAACAAGAACAAGUGUCCCGGUCUCUACUGUGGCUUUGUGAUAAAGGAGAAUGGUAACCAGACUGAAUGUGGGGCUUGCCCACGUGGUUACCGCCCUAAUGAAAAGAGCUUAUGUACAAAAUGUGAUGGCAGUCCCACAUUUUAUGACUGGCUUUACCUUGGGUUCAUGGCAUUGGUGUCUGUUGCUCUCCAUUGGUUUUGCAUUGACUUCACGAACAAGAGAAAAGUGCCCAAACUGAUCAUUCUCCAUGUGUCAGCAUUCAUCGAGAGUGUUGCUGCAGCAGUGUUGACACUCCUUGCUGUCGAGCCCCUGGGAUCCCUACGAGUGAACUCAUGUCCGGUCCACCACCUCUCUGACUGGUACACCAUGCUCUACAACCCAAGCCCGGAUUAUGUUAAUACCAUUCACUGCACACAAGAGGUUGUCUACCCACUAUACUCAAUCGUCAUGGUCUACUAUGCUUUCUGCCUGGUACUGAUGAUGUUCAUCAGACCAAUCUUAUCGACACAGCUGGUAGGCAAGAAAGGCUCCAAAUCCAUCUAUGCAGCUCUCUAUUUCUUCCCUAUUCUGGCAGUGGUGCAAGCUAUCUGUGGAGGCCUCUUAUAUUAUGCAUUCCCGUACAUCACUCUCGUUAUCUCCGUGGCAACGGUUGCGGUGCAUUUCUCGCUCUUCGAAGAACAGGACUUAAGGUCUCUCUUAUGUCAAAACUUCACGAAUCCAAGGAACAUCGUUAUUCUAGUUGGACACUGGAUACUUCACGCAUUUGGAAUCAUUGCUAUAACGGAACUCAAGAAUCCUGCAUUCCAUGUCCCACUUCUUGCGCUGGUGCCGUUUCCUACAUUGUUUUAUCUAUUGACAGUCAAGUUUACACAUCCAUACAGACUGGAGCAGGUGUGAGAAAGAGACAGUCAAGUUUACACAUCCAUACAGACUGGAGCAGGUGUGAGAGAGAGCCGUCAUAUAAAGUAACCGAACUAAUUUUACUGGGUAAGGCUGUAUGUUCGACAAGACAUCGAACCAUUAGCAUCCUUAUUCUUUCCAGCUUCGCCAAAUUUUCAUUAAGGAAAAAUAAAUACUACUCAAGCAUCGGCAAAGAUUAGUGGUGAUAGCUUAACUACCCUUGAGGAGGGGGGGGUACAAGAAACGAAUUGAUACUUGCAUUAGUCCAGAUGGUACAGUUAGUAAAGGGUUUCUCGAGAAAAAAAAUCUAGACUCUUUUGGCUGGCAUAAUUUCAAGCAGGUAUCAUCAAAGGGUACUUAUAUCCAUAUGUAAUAUGGAUACGAAAAUUCGUUUUUAUAUGAAACGAAUUUUGUCCCAUUUUUGAUUGGCCACAUCUUCUGCACUUGUUCACUCCAGAUUGCAACUAGAGAUUGAGAAUCUUCUAAAUGACCUGGAGAACAGAUGCAGAUAUGUUCGUUUGUAAUAUUUGCUGUAUUCUGCCUAUGAGUAUGUCAUGUGCCAUUUCUAAAAUGUCCUGAUAUAACUAAUGCACGAACAACAUGAGAAUUGUCAUUGGCUUCAUUGAACAAAUUCUUUAUAAAAAGGGAUGGACAGUGUUACAGUGUGAGUGGAGAGGGUUUGAAAUCUGUGUCGGAUGCUGACAAGUAUAUAAUAAAGUCGUGGGUAAAUACAUGAACUGAACAUUUUAUGCCCUGUUGAUAACUGCCUAUAAUUUGUGUGUGUCCGAGUUCAGAAGGUUUGUCGGUGUUAUAUUCGAGUAAAGAAAUAAUUAUUUAUUUGU